GAGGAGUCUCCAAAACCCAACAACUCCAUUGGCUCGCGCCCUGGGGAUGCUGACUGCAUGUUGACAGGCUGCAUCCAAGUGUGCGGGCAAGUGCGGAAACGGACUCAACAGAACGUGGACGAGGACGAACACCUGCAAAGGUCGCGUUUUUCUCAUGACUCAUACGAAGCAUAACUUCUCACCGCAGUAUAUGGAUUCAGUCAAAGGUGAUCUGGUCAACGAGGAGGAGUUUGUGGAUAUAUUAGAGGAGAGGAGAAACAGCAGUGAUCUCGGCCAUGCCUUCAGGACUUUCAGCCCCCACCCCUACAAAGGAGCCCCCUCCUGCUCCACAGCUGACCUCAACAAGGCUGUGCUGGAGUCCCAGUAUCUCCGCUACAUGGCCAAGGAGAUCGCCACAGAGAUGGGGUCGUCGGUGGAGGAAGUGAGAGAGGAGGCGACGGGGAUUUUGGAGGAGAUGUCUCAAAACCUGCAGCUGGGGUUCAUCAGGCUGAUGGGCUACACUGUCAGCAAAAUGUCCAAGAGACUCUUCAGCAGCAUCAAUGUCAACAUGGAGGGACUCAACAGGCUCCAACAAGCAAUUCAAGAACACCCUGUAAUCCUGAUGCCCAAUCACAGGAGUUAUGUCGACUUCUUGGUUAUUUCCUACAUCCUGUUCACCUACGACAUCCCCGUACCAGUAAUUGCUGCAGGAAGUCGCAAGUAUCUAUUUGGACCAACACAACAGAUGAAUGUGGUUAACACUGACUUAAAUGAAAACGUCUCUGGUACACAUUGUCCUUACUUCUCUCUUUAUUUCUCUUCUUGCCACUGUAAAGCUCUUGCAGGGAUGAAGAUGGUGGGAGAGAUACUGCGUCGCUCUGGAGCUUUCUUUAUCCGACGUGCCAUUGGCUCUGACAAACUGUACUGGGCAGUGCUUUCAGAAUAUGUUAAAACCAUUGUCAGGAGGGGAUUCGCUCCUGUGGAGUUUUAUGUGGAAGGCCUGCGGAGCCGCACACUGAAGUCUCUGACACCCAAGUUAGGUAUGAUGCACAUGGUGCUCGAGCCCUACUUUAAAGGGGAGGUGUUUGACGUCACGUUGGUGCCCAUCAGUAUCAGCUACGACAGAGUGCUGGAGGAAUCCCUGCUUGCUCAUGAGUUACUGGGUGUCCCAAAACCCAAAGAAAGCACCACGGGUCUGCUCAAAGCCACCAAAGUGCUGCAGGAAAAUUACGGCAGCAUGCACGUGAACUUUGGUCGCCCUCUGUCAGUCCGACAUUUGUGUCAGGGCAAGAUAGACCGCUGCCAGUACAACCUCAUACCCAGAGACCUCCCUCAGAAGCCCACUGCUGAGGCUCAGGCCUUCGUGAGUUGGCUGGCUCAUCUGGUGGUACGGAUCCAAGAGGAGGGCUCUCUGAUUAGCCCCUGGUCUCUGAUGGCCUGCCUGUUUCUCCAGGCUCCGACCACAGUCUUAACAGAGGAGGGCCUGCUGUGGCAGCAGCUCACAGAGAAAACACUCUGGCUCAGGAAACUGGCGCUGGAUUUUGGGGCUCGCUUGAACUGGCCUGAAAAAAUCCCUGACCUAGAUGUGAUGGCGUCCAGCGUGGCCCUUCAUCGCUCUAUAGUUCAACGUAAAGCAGGGCGUGUUUACCUGGUUCGGGAGGAAGAGCCUGCGGGGAAACGUCCAAUCAGCGCAGAGGAAGGUGCGUUCAGGACGGCAGCGGCGGUCCUGAUGAUGGCGUCCUAUAGGAAUCAGUGUCUGCAUCUUUUUGUGCGUCCUGCCAUGGUCGCUACCGCAAUACACAUCGCAAAGACAACACAGAGAGACAAGAUCUUCCCCUUCUUCUUCUUCCUACAAGACCUCUUCGCCAAUGAGUUCAUCUUCAUUCCUGGAAAGUCGUCUCAGGACUUUGAGGAGGCAUGCUUCUUCUUGAAGAAAUGUGCAGCCAUCGAUGUCAGUCAGCAGGAAGCGACGGUGUCAGACGCUGGGCAGGAGGUGCUCUCCUUCCUGCAAGCGCUUCUAAAACCCUUUAUAGACACUUACCAGGUGGUGUUUAGGUACCUUUGCGAAGAUGGAGUUCACUCCUUUUCUGAGAAACAGUCCCUACCUGCUGUGCGAAACCUGGCCACAAAGCUCAUCCUCUCAGGCGAACUCUACACCUAUGAAGCCCUCUCGUCUGAUACACAGAAAAACGUUCUGUCAGCUCUGCGAAGGUUGGAGAUUGUGACAAAGUCGAGGGUGUCGGAGCAGAAUGAAUUCAGAGUAAAGAAAGACGCUGUUAGAAGAAUUGGAGACAUGCUCUCUGGGAAAAUCCCUCCACAGCCUCUCCAUGCUCCACCUGGCACAAGACUUUAGUCUCUGUUGGAACAGAGCCAUCUUCUGUAUCAGCUCACAGUCCUGCUAACCCAAGUUGACCCCGUUUCGUCCUUUCUGUGACCAUUUCUUCGCCCUCCUGUGCCUUGACAGAAGAUAUUUGUAGGGACUCUGCACUUAGACAAAGUACCUUUAUCCUAGAUGCCAGGUACCAGACUUAAUCUGGCAGAAUUCCACUCUUGAACGUUUGCUCUGCACCUCCCUCUACCUUGUUCUUAUCCCUCACAGAUCUGACAGGGCUAAGAUUAAACCACGUGACCUGAUAUGGAGACCGAAAGGUCACAAAAUUCGACAGAUUCACACAAAGGCCCUUUUCCUCUGACAUCACCCUCUGGAUGGGAAGCUAUAUGCGGUUACAAUGUUGUACUGGGUUCCAAGUCAAAAAUCUUGGUAGAGAAUUUUAAGUUAAAAUCUGGAGGGACAUCAUGUUUGACCUGGUUUAACGACACAAUUACCCAAAAGCUACUUUGAGCCAUUUUAAAGCUAAUUCUGGUUAACUUUACAGCUGGCUAGCAAUCUGUAUCGUGUAAAACUAGGAAAAAGAUCAAUUUAAUUGAAUGUGUAAAUCAGUCUGCAGCUAGCCUUUUGUUAGCAAUGAAUUUAUUAGAAGCUAAUUUAAGAGUUAGCUAUGAAUUUAUAACGUUUUUCAUUAUCAUAAAGUCAUAUUAGCUAGUGUGCUGUUCGACAGCAGCUAGGCUAUUGUUUACAAGUAACCUAUUUCUUGCUAACUUCACCAUAAAAGGAUUGUUGAUUGUUAAUGUAAGCUUUUAUCUAAUGUUAGGUCGAUGGCUUGUCUAAUGUCCUGCUCAGUUUUUAGUAUAGUUGCUGAUUCAUAUACAGGAGCAGUUAAAUUAUAGACUUUUCUAAAUUCAUUCAAUUAUUUGCAACAUUGAACACACAAUUAUGACUUAAACACACCAUUUGAACUUCCAACCAUUAAUGUGAUAUCAGGGCUAAAUGGUUGCCUUUUGAAUGUGGUGAUUUUGCAAAUUAUGUCAAAUGGAUUGGAGUGGUUAGAUGAUCAGAAUUUGAUACAUGAACAAGUGAUGAUGAUUGUCCGAAAGAUACUUAGUUGAUUACGCCUGGCAUUAAACUAAAUGAAUGAUCAAUAGAGCACCUUAUGAUAAACUCAAUUGCAGAUAGUUAGUGCAAUUAUGUAGUAAAAACUGACAUGUGAUUGUAUGUAAAAUAGCCCACAUUAACCAAAAAAAAUCUAAGUCAGGUAACAAUAAUAAAUACCAUAACCCAUCAAA